UCGCAGCCCUCCACCUGCCUGCCCUUGCGUCCCGGGUUCGGAGCCGGGUCGCCCCCAUGUAUGACCAGAGCCCGUUGCGCGCAGCGCUGCUCCUCCUCGCCCUGCAGCUCCCAGCUCUGUGGCCCGCUGCAGCGGUGGAGAUUUAUACGUCUCGGUCGCUGGAGGCUGUCAAUGGGACGGAUCAACGGUUAAAAUGCACUUUCUCCAGCUUCGCUCCUGUGGGGGACUCGCUGACCGUGACCUGGAAUUUCCGUCCUCAGGAUGGGGGCCCUGAGCAGUUUUUGUUCUACUUCCACAUGAGUCCCUAUGGACCAACAGUUGGACGUUUCAAGGACCGGGUGGUCUGGGACGGGAACCCUGAGCGUUACGAUGUCUCAAUCAUUCUCGGGAGGCUACAGUUCGAUGACAAUGGGACCUAUACCUGCCAGGUGAAGAAUCCACCAGAUGUGGAUGGGCUGAUUGGGGAGAUCCAGCUCAGCGUUGUGCAAACAGUGCGGUUCUCUGAGAUUUACUUCCUCGCCCUAGUGAUCGGCUCAGCCAGUGCCCUGAUGAUCAUCGUAGUGAUCGCCGUGGCCCUCUUUCAGCAUUUCCAUAAAAAGCGAUGGGCCAAGAGAGCUCAUCAGGUGGCGGCGAUCCAAUCAAAAGAAGAAGAAGAGAAGCUCAACCACGAAAAAAAAGUCUCGAUUUAUUUAGAAGAUACGGACUAACAUUUGUAGGUGGAAGCUAAACAUUUCCAAGAACAAGAGCCCAAAGAGAAUCUGAAAUUCAUGGAAAUUUUGGCUUUUCCCAUUGUGAUCUGACUUCCAAGUAUCUCUGCAAUGUCUAAACAUCUCCAGAAGCAACAUCCCUCAGAACCAGCCCAAGUUUCUUGAAUAGAUUCCUCUGGAUUCACACCCAGCAUGUUGCUACAUUUCACCUAAUUUCAGAGCACAAAUGGUUCUCCGAUUCUCAAUGGCUUUUGCAUAUGGAGAAACAAUAUUUUUGCUCCCAAACACUCCUUUAUUAUGUGACGUGUGCACAAAUAUAUGCUAGCAUAUAUUGGGGGAAAAGUCACCUUGUCAUGUCAUUUCCCUUAGUAUACUAGUUUCUAGCGUCAUUUAUUUUGGUGGUGCAGAGGAUUUGGACCCAGGAUUGCAAGAAUACAUGGGAGGCAUGUUUUCUGACCCUCAGCCAGAGGCCUGGCCUCUAUUUUUUUUAGAGCAGUGUUCUGACUACUGAAACUGU